AUGAAGCUCUACGCAUUGGGGGAUGCCAUCAGCCAUUUGCUGGAUUUGCUGCCCAUCACAUUGAGCCAAGCAGUCAACAGCUCGGACACUUGCCAGUACCACAGUGGAGGCCAUGGAGGAACUGGGGGGGUGCGGGUGAUUAUUGGCAGUGACAACGUGCGGAGCUUGGUCUUUGAUGACGACCCAGGUUAUGUCGAAGCUUCUGUCGCUUGCACUGGUGAGAAGCCGCACUUACUGCGCUGGCCGCUCUCACGGGCCCCGGCCACCUUGAGCUGCGAGGACCCGACGGUGUGGGAGAAGUUUCAGUGCCAGGCGCCCAACAUCGACAAGACCGAUUGGCCCGUCCAAUGGCUGCCCUGGCUGGAGACCUGCAGGCAGAGACCACAGAAGGUGCUCUUCCUGGGCCUUGGAGGUGGCUAUUAUCAAAGUUAUUUGGCCAGUCAAUGCCCGGGAUCCGAAGCCCUGACCGUCGAGAAGAACCCCACCAUCGUCGAAGCUGCACGGGACUACUUUGGCUUUGAAGGAGAUGUGAUGCUUGCAGAUGCGACCACCGGGAUGAAGUCCUUGCUGAAGCAGGAUGCGAAGUUUGACGCAGUGAUCAGUGACAUGGGCCAGCGCCCAAUGGAAUCUUCUGAUCUCAGACUUGCCCAGAAACUUCUCAGACCAGGUGGGACCUUCCUAUUCCAGUGGUGCUAUGGGGGCCUGCGAAAACAUGAGAUGAAGCUGGACAAGAUGAUGGACUACUUCAUCGAUGUGAGUGCUGCAGCCGACAAGGAUGGGCGCUGCACAUUCUACGCAGCUGAGAAGGCGAAUGAGGAGCUAGUUUGGGCCAUCAUGUUGCUCUUGAAAAUUCAGAUCUUCCAAGUCGCCGACACGCUGCCGAACCUCAUGCCAGAGGCGAUUAGUGAUCCGGAGAUGUUCUAUCCCAUUGGCACCCUGGUUCCAAACAUGGAGCUGGUGAUGGGCUUACAAGCCUUGCUUGGAUUGAUCACCUGGCUCCGGGUGAUGAAGUACCUCACGCUCUCUCGCACGUUCCUGCCCUUCGUUCGGAUUUUUGAGCGCUGCUGUAUCGCACUGCUGAAGUAUUCCUCGCUUUUGUCGGUGAGCCUCUUCGGCUUUGCAGUGGCCAUUUACAUCGGCUUCGGCACAGAGGCGGGGAUCUACAAUAGCAUUUGGAGCACCUUUGUGGCGGUCGCCACUGCGCCAGCGGGCGGUGUGGAUCUGGGCCCGGUGAUCGACAAGAACAACAGCCUGGUUGCGCCCAUCAUCCUCUUCUCAUACAUCAUUGUGGUGGUGCUGCUGGUGCUGACCACCUUCAAUGCCAUUCAGAUUGAUUCCUACAGUGUGACCACGUAUGAGCUCUUGACACUCAAGCGGCACAAAGCACCAGGUUCGGGUGGGGAUCCGACGGUCAUCUUCAUCUGGACCUACCUGAAUGCCCUGAAGGGCGUGAAGUUGGUGGGCAAGGAGCUGGGCCCUGGGCUGGAAGGCGAGAAUCCCAAUGGCAUCUAUUUCGAAAAGGAGGACCUCACCGCGCAGAAUUUCCGCAGGGACGGGCCAGGGCGAUGCUUUUGCUGUGGCCAUAUCGCAGACACCUGGAGGCACCGCUUGGACAACAUGCAGAUCAGCUUGCGUAUGUGCGUUGACCCCUCCAACUUGCAGUUCCGCAAGGAUGUGGAGGGCUUCCAUUGCCUGUCUCCUAGACUUGGAAUCAGCUACAAUCUCAGGCAGUUCAACCACUACUUGUGGACCAUGGGCAGGAAGCCUCCCACCGAGGAGAAUGUGAUUGGGACCGCCUUAGCGGUCCACAGGAAGGAGGUCACGCCACAAGCCUCUGGCGUGAAGCUUACGACUUGGCAGGGAGGCCAGCGCUGGGAGCAAUGGAUCAAGGACAAGGUCCAAGAGCUUCGAGAAAAAGCAGAAGAGAGGGGCGGUGUCAGUGUAGGACUGCUUGCUGGAGCGGCCGGCCGGAGCUGA